AUGAGCCAGAAUUCAUCGAUCAAGUCAGAGGAAGGAGCCGUUAAAAUAGAGCCUGGUGUGAAAGUAGAGCCCGGAAUCAGCGGGUCUCCCAUUCCGCCGGCAUCAGCAUCUUCAACGGCAACAAGUGGUGCCUCCACACCUGGACCAGAUGUUAAACCAUCGCCAUCUUCAUUCAAAUCGGACCAAGGAUGGCAGGAUAUCCCCUUGAAGGCAUGUACCGAAGAGGAAGUCAAGGACAUUCGUUACCAUAUCUUGAAGUUCCAAACUAAGCAGAAUGUAGACAUUGUCAACAACUUCACGAAGCCCGUGCGCUUGCACAGGAAGGACCCCAGAAAUAUCCAAUUUCAAUUGACAAGGCAGGAAAUAGAGCAACGUAAAAAGGAGCAGGAAGAAGCCAAGAGGGAGAGGGAAAGGAUAAAAAAGGAAAACGACGAGAAAAAGGCCAAAGAGCUUGAAGAAAUUGAGGCUGCUGAGGCUGCUGCUGCCUUUGCCAGGGGUGAGAAGAGAGAUGACAUUAAAAAUAACAUAAGUGCUACUGGGAUAGGUCUAGUCAAUCCUGAUCCUCCAAAGAAGCCAGCAGAUGGCGGUGCUGAUAUGUCACAGGUUGCUCCAGAUGGAGGAGCAAGGAAGGCACGUAAGAAUGUCUUCAAGCGUAAGACUAGACAGAUCAACCUCAUGGAUGAUGAAAAGAGAAAAUUAAGAUACGAAGAAUACUACCCGUGGGUAUUGGAAGAUUACGAUGGUAAGAAUGUGUUUGUUGGUAACUAUGAGGCCGGUUCGUCUGAUACCCAACAUGUUUUGUUCGUUUUCGAUAAGGAUGGAUUUAAGAUGGUACCAGCGGAAAAAGUAUACAAGUUUACCCCUAGAAAUAAGUAUGCUACUUUAACUUUAGAGGAAGCUGAAGCUAAGAUGGAGAAGAACUCUUCAGUUCCAAGAUGGUUGAUGAAGCACAUGGAAGAUCAAUCGCACGGUGGACCAGGUGAAGCCACCACCGAUCAAAGAUUUAGACAUUCAACUGGCUCCUCUUCGUCCAACAUAAUACAUGGAAGACCAAAUGGGAAUGGAUUCAAUGGAAGGGGUAAUGGUAGCGGAGGAAGAAAACUUCGUACGGUUAUCGGUGGUGCUUCAUCUAAUGACAAAGAUUCUGAUCAUGACGAUUUAGACUUCGAUGAAGAAUUUGCGGACGAUGAAGAAGCUCCAAUUAUGGACGGAGAUGAAGAGGAAAAUAAACUUUCUGAAAAGAAAUUGAAGAAGGAAAUGUACAAAGCUGCUCAUUUCGGAGGUCAUUCAGACGUCGAAGAUGAUGAUGGAGACUUGGAUGAUUUGUUCGAGACUGAAAAGACAAGAAAAGUUGAUAAAGAAGGUGAGAAAUUGCGUAAGGUUUUGAAUAAAACUGAAGGCGGUGUUUACGAUACAGACGAUGAUGACAAACUUAACCCAUAUCUCUCUAAAUCAGACUUGGAGAGUGACGAUGAUAGCGAUGAAAAUGAUAUCACCGUCAAGAAUGAGCCUCAAGAUGAAUCAAUUUCCAAGACGCUUCAAGAUCAACAGCAGGUACAGCAACCACGCAGUAUAUUUGCCAGCGAUAGAGGAGAUGGAUUUGUAGUCAUUAAGGCUCCACCAGCAUUUUUGAGCAAUUUUAGAGCGGGAACAUGGAAUCCAAAUGGCAGAAAAAUGCCUGGCGAUCCAAGUACCAAGCUUAAGAUUUCUCUUAAAAAGGAGGAUGCGGUUGAGGCAGCUAAGAAGAAAAGCAAAUCCCCAUCACCAACUCCUACAAAUAACAGCGGUCCUGUGGAUCUCGGCUCUAGUGGACCAGAUGGCGUUUUAGUUACCACCAAAGAAGUCUUGGAUAUUGUCAGAGAAAAUCCGCUUACAAUUAUGGAACUUUUGGUUGGUUUGAAGAACCGUGUUAAUGCACACCAGGACAAUAAACAAAGAAUUAUUUCUAUUGUUAAGCAAAACUUGAAAUUAGUGGAUAAGAAGUUGUUCUUAAAGGAGGAGAACUGA